GUUUUUUGUUUGACAUGCUAGCUAAUGGAGGAUGCUGCUGCUGAUGGUGUCCCUAAGGAUUCCCAGGAAAAUUUGGAAAAAGAUACUUCUUUGACUAAACAAGAAAAAGAAGUGCUCGAGUCCCCCAAAAAGCAAGUGAUAAAGAAAGAUAUCAAAGAGCCAGCACUUGAUCAAGCAGAAAUGGAUGAUUCUCCUAUAAUGGGCGUUAUGAGCUCGAAAUCUGAGUCAGUGGAUGCUCAAAGUCUAAAGGUAAGUGAGAGCUCAAUAAAGAAGGCCAUCUGGGAGAGAGCUGAUCACUUCAGAGAUAAUUCCGAGUCAAUAACUCUGGCUGGUGUUCGUAGACUUUUGGAAGAAGAUCUUGGUCUUGAGAAAAAUACUCUUGAUGCCUUUAAGAAGUUUAUUCAUAGUCAAAUAGAUGAGGUGUUAAUACCUUCUGAAGCUCCUAAAUCUAGCAGUGUUAAGAAAAGCCCUGAAAACAAAAGUAAAACAGCAAAGAAGAGUGGUGAAAACUCCAAUUCUAGCAGCAAACGUAAACGUAUAGCAGAAAAAGUAAAAUCAGGAAAGAAUUCUGCUGCAAAAGAAACAGUUGAGAAAUCUGAAGGACUGAAGAAACGGAAAAAACCUAAUUCAGAAGAUAAUGUCCCUGCAGAAAAUCAGAAAGAAGUUUCUAAGAAUCUGUCAGAUGAAGAUAGUGACGGAGACACUGAUAAGAGUGAUUCUGAAGAUGGUCAAUCUGGAUCGUCGGCUGAAAUAAUAUCUGACAAGGAGAAAGUUGUAAAGGGAGCAUCAGCUAAUACUGGAUACGGAAAACGUGUGGAACAUCUGAAAUCAAUCUUCAAAGCUUGUGGGAUGAGUGUUGCUCCUUUUCUUUAUAAGAGAGCCAAACAGGUAUCUGACGACAAACGUGAAGGCUUCCUGAUAAAGGAGUUAGAAAAGAUGCUUUCUGCAGAAGGACUAUCAUCGAACCCCACCGAAAAAGAAAUCAAAGAAGUCAAAAAGAGAAAGCAAACAGCAAAAGAAUUGGAAGGUAUUGACUUAAGCAACAUUGUUUCAAAUACACGAAGGAGAUCAACGACCAGCUUUGUGGAUCCUCCAAGACCCAAGUCACCACCUAAAAAUGAUAAGAAUGAUGACAAGGAUGGUGAUAGCGAUGCCGAUGAUGGAAGUGAUGAUGACAAAGACGAUGAUGACGAUGAAGAUGAUGAGAGCAGUCAGAGUGAUGAGGAGUUCAAUGGAGAUGAUGAUGAGGACAGUGAAUGAAGUUUUCUGGUGACUGAAGAUUAUAAUUUACAGAUCAGGGACGGUCUUUCCAAUGUAUCAAUAGUUUCAGUUUCUCAACUUAGAUUUGGGAGCUGAUGUUUAAUGUAUUUUAGAAGUAUAUUUACAAAGAGUUGUGAUAUUUAGCUUUGUUUAGAAGUAUUGAACUUAGCCAGUCAUGGAUAUUAGAUACCAUAUUUGUUAGUUAUCGAGGGACGUUGUACAUGGAACAUCUUUGCUUGUGCAUUGUAGGUGGUGAUAAUCUUCAUGUUUAUGGUGGUAGCAGUGUUUUACAAGGCUUCUUGCCACAAGGCGAGUCUAAGUGGUAAGACUCUUGUCUUACAAGGCCUAUGCCCAAAUUUUCGACUCUGCGUCCCCAAAGUGCAUUGGACGCCCAGCUCUUCAUUUCAUCUCAUCAGUUUUGAUUUGGAAUUCUUCUCAA